CUCCCAGGUCUUAUCACUCCAGGUGAGGCAAUGGGUAGCCCAGAAGACGACCUGAUCGGCAUACCUUUCCCCGAGCACAGCAGCGAAUUGCUGGGCCGCCUGAACGAGCAGCGUCGCCGAGGGAUGCUGUGCGACGUCACCCUCCGGGCCCAGGGUUCCGAGUACCAGAGUCACCGGGCGGUGUUGGCCGCCUGCAGCCGCUACUUCCAGAGGCUUUUCGCCGGCCCCGGCCUGGCCGUGUGCGAGUUGGAUUUCGUGGGGGCCGAAGCCCUGGGGGCCCUGCUGGACUUCGCCUACACCGCCACCCUGACCAUCAGCACGGGCAGCCUCUGCGAGGUGCUGCGCGCCGCGCGGAUCCUGGAGAUUCCCUGCGUCAUCGCGGCCUGCGUGGAGAUCCUGCAAGGGAACGGUUUGGAAGCCCCCGUGCCGGAUGACGCCGCUCGGGAACGCGCCCGGCGUUACCUGGAAGCGUUCGGCACACUGCCCAACAUGGAAGGCGACCUGGCCGAGCCCCCCGUGCGCCCAGCUCCCCGCCGCAGCAAGAAAACACGCAAGUUCCUGCAAGCCACAGGGUCGCGGCUCAACAACCACGUCACGGAGAUUUCUCCUUCCUUGUCGCCGUCAUCCACCGGGACUCAGGACCGCCCCAGUCCGCCUAGCCAGGCGUCGCCUGCCCCAACAUUGGGCAACCCCCGUGAGGAAGAGGAGGAGGUCAUGGCCCCCUCUCGUACCUUCCCCUUCCCGUACGUUCCAGGUUUCUCCCCGGAUGACCUGGGUUCAGACGACGAGCCCAUGGAUCAAGACCUCCUCUCCUAUAUGCGCCGGCUAAAUCAGGAGGGGCUGUCUGUGGGUCUCGAACCGCCGGAUAAGCUGGUACGCAAACGCCGCUCGCAAAUGCCCCAGGAAUGUCCCGUCUGUCACAAGAUCAUCCACGGGGCAGGCAAGCUACCUCGUCACAUGCGGACCCACACCGGGGAGAAGCCGUUCGCCUGUGAUGUGUGUGGCGUCCGUUUUACCAGGAACGACAAACUCAAGAUCCACAUGCGCAAACACACCGGCGAGCGCCCCUAUUCGUGUCCCCACUGCACGGCUCGCUUCCUGCACAGCUACGACCUGAAAAAUCACCUUCACUUGCACACGGGCGCCCGUCCCUACGAGUGCUGCCUCUGCCACAAAGCCUUCGCCAAGGACGACCAUCUCCAGCGCCACCUGAAAGGCCAGAACUGUCUGGAAGUCCGGACGAGGCGCCGGCGCAGGGGUCCUGAUCCGGAGACCGGUUCUCUGGCACCCGCUGGCGUCGCUUUGUCCUCCACUCAACUGGGUUUGACCAAUGGGCGCGCGGAGGAGGAGCUACACAACUACUGGCCUGCUGGGGUGGCCGCUAGGUCACCCGCCCCCAAAGAGGAACAGGAGGAGGAAGAGGAAGAAGGGGCCGUAGAGGGGGUGCAGAAGGAUGAGCCGAUGGCAGCUGUCGAAACGGCAUAACUUCCUUGGAAUGGCUGUCACCGCAGAACUCAUUCGUGCACUAUCUCUAUUCAUUCGCUCGGCCAGCCCGUUGGUGGCAGGAUGAUACGACAUUCCCUGGACAUUGUCGUGGGGACCAAAUGCACUAGGACUUCCUUCCCCACUCUCCCAAUUCCGUGCCUUAAGUAGCCUACAAAGCCAAGGAGAGUGUGGCCAAAUGGACAGAGGUGGAUGGUGGCCCUCGAGGGCCAAAUCCUUGCAUGUUUGCUCAGGGUGUCUCAAAUAAGUAUAUAUUUGCAGGGAGGGAAGUACAGUCGAGUUUUGCUUCCCCAACCGACGAAAAAUGAAUGGGAUGUGGGGCAGGGUGGGGCAGCACUA